AUGGCGCGUCUCAACGAAGCACCCGUUCCCGUGGAGAGUCAUCUCGAAAUAUUGCGUAGGAAAUUUCUACGCCAGAACCGCGACAUCGCGAAAAUCAACUCGGACCAAUCACAAAAGAUACGACGACUCGAGAACGACUGCGGCCGAUUGCUUUCCGAGAACCUCGAUCUUCGUGGCCAAAUUCUGCGACUCGAAAAACAGGUGGAGGAUAACAGCGCGCGAAGGAUAGCUGACCAUGCACUUGAAGUAAAGGCUAAGCUCGAGGAGCAGUUGUCGGGGUUCGCUGCAUUGUUAGCGGAUCUAGGUUCAGAGCCGCCAGCCAAGAGACGUUCUUUGGGUGACCGUACGACGUCCCGAUCGUGCCAGAGCAUGGCAAGAAGCCCACAAUUUAGGGGACGGCGGACUACGUCAAUUGACUCGGACACUUUGGCCGAGAUGGAGGGUAGAUUACCUCCUAUCUACGAGAACAAGAGCUACCCACGAGCAACUAUGAACACGGAGGAAAUUAUGGCACUUUGUGCCGCGGCGGACGAUACCAAUGAUUCCUCUGACCUAGGGCCGCCCCCCAUUGCGCACUUUGUCAAAGACGAACCCGUCAAACAUUCGCCAGCUAGGGAUGAAGAAUUCGCGCCCGAAACUACAAGGCGGCCGGCCACGAUACUAUCCCCGCCGAAGCUCAGCUAUGUAAGGCAGCCGUCUAGGAGCCCCGAACUUGAGAAGGAAGCCGAGGAGCACAUUGUCAAGCCCACAAGCCCAACAAAGAACACACCAUCUCCCAGGAAACCAGUGUCAGAGCCAACUCUGCAGCCGGUCAAAACGGGUGCGAAGCGGAAAUAUGGCGAUGAGAACGGGACAUCUCAGAGCACCACGCCAUUGGCUAGUCAGGAGAACAGCGUGCUUACGGAAAAGCCAUUCCCAACUCGUGGCGGCCACAAGAAACGGACCCUCGCCGAAUUGGCAAACGUGAAGCCGGAGAAGAAGACUGGCAAGGCACCGCUCUCUGGGAAGAGGACGCCACUUGCUGCGAAGAGCACCAACGAGGACGUGUCCUCUCCACGGAAGACUUCAAAACCAGCGGUGAAGGAAGUGAAGGAAGUGAAGAAAGGGCGAGCGUUGGAGGUCAAUGAUGUGAUCAUGAAGGAUGAAGUCCAUGCCCCAAGGAAACCGGUUGAAAUCGUGAUUCCAACGGACCAGGCCCUUCUGGAAUCGGCGACCUCCUUACCAUCAGCGACGCCAAGUUCCCCGACCACCCCCCAUCGGCAAGCCCAGACCGAGGUGCCCCACGACACUCCGCCGCCGGCCGAUAUCUCCUCCACUGGCGAGACGAUCCGACCAAGCCGCCGCGCUAGGGCUGCUGUCAGCUAUGCGGAACCGAACUUGCGAGACAAGAUGCGGCGGCCUACCAAAGAGCUUUUCGACGCCGUUGCUGGUGAGGGCAAGUACGCUCACCGCGCAUCGUUGAAGCCGGAUGACCAACAUUCCGCCCCAACCUCCACCACCAAAAUCAAGCUCGAGCCGACUAGCAGCAGUAGCAACAAGAUCACAACGGUGAACGAGCGACCCGCAGAAACCCACCCCGCUCCUCUAAGUCCCCUAGCUCAAAAGGAUGCUCUCUCAGACACUUUCCCUAGCACGGUAGUUCUAGAGAGACGGAAAAGGCCUUCCGCCGUAGCUGCUAGCCGCGAAUCUUUAUCGACAUCUCUUGCAAGCGAACCGAACCCAACCACUGCCUCUGUCGCACAAGAGUCUGCGCCGUCAGACCACAAGCGGCAUAAGGGCAGUAGCAGUAAAACAAACACGGCGACCAACCAAGUCCCAUCCGCUGCCUCGACCGAGGAAACGGAUAUCUACGAUUUUACCGCUUCGUCUCCUGCUCUCUCUAGGCAGUCUGCUUCCAAAAGCACCGCCAGCACCACGACCGAACCAAGCGCUCCCCCUCCAUCGAGCUCCGCAUCCCGCUUAAGACCGACACGAAAAUCCUCCAUGGUCGCUGCUGCAGCACUCCGUGAAACAUUCGACAGCGAUGACGAUGAAGACGACAACUCCACAAUCAAAAAUCCCAAACUACCCCCACCACCAUCAACUACAACGUCGCGGUCCGAUGGGCGAGGUGGAAGGAAGCGGGCAUCGAUGCUGGCGCCUAAGAAGAGCUCCAUGCUGGAAAACUUGGAGGAUGCGGAUUCGGUGAUCGUUGCGGCGGACGCGGACAUUAGUAGUGCUUCGACGUCGACGACAGAAGGGGACGGAUCGAGUGGAAGUGUCGGCGGGAGGAUUUCGAGACGCAGAAGUAUGAUGCUGUGA